CGAUCCGUAGAUAACCCUUCAACCAAAAACUGAAACCGUCGCAAUAUAUCUCAGCGGGCACGAUGGAACCCCCAAAGGCAGGAGGUGUCGCCUCAGCGGCUGAAGUACCCCAACGACAAGAGAGAAUGAUAAACCCAUCGCACCAGCUACACCACUUGACCAAGGAAAUGUCCAAAGCGGUGGCCUUGAACGUGGACACGACCAUGCGAAACCGCACCAAGAGUUCGAUCCAUCACGCUCAACAGACAAACUCCCAUAACGAUGACAGCGGCAGCGGCAGCAGCAGCAGCAGCUCCAGCAGCAGCUCGGCCGAGUCGUCUCCGAACCCGUCGCCGACAGCGCUCGUGUCGACGCGGCCUCUGCCGUCGCCCGCUACUGACAGAGUUCAUUCGUCCCUCAAGCCACCAAGACAAAAGUCGUCACCUGCGGCAUCCACGUCAUCGUCGUCGGAAGCACUAUUGAUGCCAGGCAAGGCCUUCCUCGAGAGCUUUUACAUGUUCCUGAAACAACAUGCCAAGUCACUUCGCGUGCGCAACCCACGCCUCCAAGUGAUGCUGAAUCCGCCCUGCCUUCAUUACCUUGAAGGCUGCUUUCUCGCCAUGCUGCAGCCGUCGUGGCAUCCCGAGAAUGGCGCCGUCAUGCAGUGGCAGGCUCGCCGGGACCACCACCAUCACCACGACGCCGCCGCCACUACAAACACUCCUCUGAGCACCAGCAACAACCAGAGCGCCGCCCAUCAAGGCAUGUCCAAGACCAACCGGAUGCUCAAACUCGCGGGCUAUGUGUUGCACGUGAUUGACUUGAACAUCCAAACGUUGCCGGACACAAUGCCGUUGCCGUCUACAUGUAACUUGGCCAUCUUCAGCUCGUUAUUGUACCUCAACAUCGUCGGCGUGCUGUUUCAAGAUAUCCAACACCUGUCGACACUGCGCAAGCAACUAAUUGAGUUGCACGUGACGCGCACCAUCGUGCCAUCGCUCGCGGCGCUUUUGGGAGAAGGAGGGGGCACAUGGGACGCGCUCAAAGUGCUCGAGCUCGUCGAUUGCGGGCUCUCCAAGCUCGACCCGAGCUUGGCCCUGGCACCGUGCCUCCACACCCUCAACGUGGCCCACAACGACCUGCAAACGCUUGCACACCUCGAAAACUGCCCGCACUUGACGCUCGUGAACGUCAGUCACAACCACUUGAGCUCUGUGGCCGGUGCCCAUCGGUACCUGGCAGCGGUCGCGUCCUUAGACCUAAGCCACAAUCACCUCACGUCCACGUCGGGAUUGGAGAAGAUGUUCACGCUUCAGCGCUUGGAUUUGGCACACAAUGUCGUUCCCACCACGGGCGAAGUUGCGUACCUUGUGUCGCUCCCACUUCUCCACGACUUGUCGUUGCUCGGCAACCCGUUCGUGGACGUUGCGUAUCGAGAACGCGUUCUAGAGCUACUCGGACGAGGGGUGGUGCUGGACAAUACCCCAUGGUCCCCCGCGGAAUUGAACUUAGUCGGUCGCCUGCACCCCCCUGCCAUUGACACGGUGCAUGUACCCCUGGACGCUGUGGAUGACCGUAUAUCACCCGCUAAGGCGCACGUGCCGACUAACCCGUUCUUGUAUGACCUCAAAACCAUUUGGGGGGAGGGCGAUGUCGUCCAAGACAUCCUACGUCGUACAGGCGUUCUCUGCGGCCUGUUGGUCAUAGCCCAUGUGCUCGCGCAGUGGAUUUGGCCAACCACGGACUCGAUGAGCGACGACAGAGACAACUACAUGAUGUGGACAGUCGGAAGUCUCGUGACUGUAGUCGUGGCGGUGGCAGGACCCCUAUAUGGCGUCCAGCUGUAUCGAACCGCGACAUCAUUGUCGUCGAUACCUACCGACGACAUGAUGUCAACCAACUACUCGUCGCGUACACUUCUCUCUCCCAGGAUGUCCAAGCAGUUGAGUUUCAACACCAACCAAGACGACAACGACGACCUCAUCACGACGACCGAAGUCGCUUCGCUCGAUGUUUUGUCGACGGCGCUCGAAGUGCUCGUCGAGUCUUCGGCCGACAUGCCUCUGCACGACUUUAUCACGAUGGCCGGCGAGAUUCACAAGUUGCUCUCGUUUCUUGGAACGUUGGGUGGCGUUGCUCUCAAGCCGUGGGUCGUGGACGAGGCCUCGUUGCUUCAGCUGUGGGCGAAAGUCGGCAACGAUUCCACCGUGUCCAUCCAACGCCUAGUACGCGAUGACGUGGCAAGGCAUGACGCGCACUCGAUCACGAGAACGGUGCUACAUAUGGUGCCCGUGCUCUUGUUCGUCCGAACGUUGUGUUUGGAAAUGGAGAAGUCCGCCGACGCGACACUGCUGGAGUGCGUGGCCACUGCGUACACCUCGACGAUCGCCAAGCAAAACAAACAUGCGUGGCUAGUGCAAAAGGCCGUUUUGUCCACUAUGCAACUGAGUCCUGUGACAAGGUUGGACCUCCUGCUCAUGUGGGAUGUGGAAGACGUCGACCAAGAUGCAGAGUUCAAGGAGCAGCGACUGCACGCCAUCGGCCGCAUGCUGGAUAUUCUAGUGGUGCCCUUGGCCAAGCUGCGCGAUGUGUACAACAUUUCCGACUAGGGGACUUUUGGAUUGAUCUCGUUGCCAUCAUAUAGAUAAAGAGAUAUAAUAUACUGCGUAUAUUGUUUGGAUA